CCCAAAGUGCGCGGGAGGAAAAGAGAAGAAGAUAGAAGUGAUAGAACCACGACAGAGCGUCGGAGUGUCAGUUCGCUUUGCGGCGAGCUUUUGGUCGAAAAUGUGUCUCAGAUUACUUUGUGUCGUCGAAUCGUUAAAUACAAGAGUUUAAUAUUUAGACAACCAACACGCUUGUGAUAGUUUGUUCACGAGUUAUCGGAAUAAAAAAAAAAAAAAAAUUUUAAAUGAAUGAAUGAUCUUCGAUUCAGCGAAUAAAUUUAAAACAUACCCCAUAAAUUAGUGAAGACUUACUUUUUCCUAACAUUACAUCAACUGGACAAUUGAAUCAAUGCUAAAAUGUUUGGGAGUGUAGUAACUGCAUUGUCGCUGCGAAGAUGUUUCUACUUAUCGGCAAUAGUUGUUAUAUUAUCAACACUUAUGGCAGCUGUAAUAAUAGUUAAGCUCUCACCCCUCGAGUCGGUUAAAUGUCAACCACACAUGGUAACUUCACCAGUCGAAUGGAGCACAUUGUCUAGUCAGGGUCAAGUGGGAGUUGGAGAUUUGAUAAUAGCUGUACAUGAAAACAGAAGCCGAAUGCAAGAACUUAAUGAUAAGAGUUUUGGGGAGAUGCGGCAUAAAAUGGUGCGGAACAAAGUUGCCAGAAUAUCAAACAGAAUGAGAAAAAAGAUCAUGCCACUGAUAAACUGGAAUUCAUCCAUCGAGACCAACUACAAUGUCCACAUAUUCUAUUACCCGUGGUACAGAUCUCUCGAGUUUGAUAAGUCGUGGAAGCACUGGAAUCACGACUACCUUCCCAAUUGGAAGAAAAAUGACAAGAGAGUAUUUCCAGACGGAAAGCACGAGCCGCCGGAUGACAUUGGUGCCAACUACUAUCCCAGCUUAGGUUGCUACAGCUCUCGUGAUCCUCAGGUAAUCGACUUGCACAUGAAACAGCUCAAAGAAACAGGAGUGGGAGUAGUGGUAGUUUCAUGGAUUCCUCCCAACGCCAUCGAUAGCACGGAUUCUGUGAUGUCGGAUUUAUUAGACGCAGCUCAUCGCUAUAGCCUCAAGGUUGCUCCACACAUUGAACCUUAUGCAGGAAGAAAUCCCAUAAAUUUGAUCGAACAUUUAAAGUACUUGUUCAGCGAGUAUGGAAAGCAUCCAGCACUACACAGGAUAAAAAGAGAAACAGAUGGUGCUGUUCUACCGGUAAUGUACAUUUAUGACUCCUACGUCUUCCCAUCGAACUCGUGGUGGGAACUCUUGUCUGAUCGAGGAAACCUUACUCUUCGUGGCUCAGAAAUUGAUGCUGUAUACAUGGGACUACUCGUAGAUGCACAACACAAGAAUCAUAUAAAAAAAUCACACUUUGACGGAUUCUACACCUACUUUGCAACAAAUGAAUUCAGCUUUGGAAGUUCAUGGAAAAAUUGGAGAGAUCUCAACAAGUUUGCAGAACAAAAUGAACUCCUUUUCAUACCCAGUGUUGGUCCUGGUUACAUAGAUACUCAGGUACGACCGUGGAACGCUCAUAAUACGAGGCACAGACGUCAUGGACAGUACUAUGACUAUGCUUGGAGCAGCGCUAUCAACAGUGGCGCUACCACUGUGUCGAUAACAUCGUUUAACGAAUGGCAUGAGGGCACACAAAUUGAACCAGCCCGUCCUGCGAGCAACGAGGCUUUUACAUAUCUAGAUUAUGAGCCUGAGGGGCCCAACUUAUAUCUGAAUUUGACCAAGCAUUACGUUGAACAGUUUACGAAAAAGUAUAAAAAUGCGAAAUCAAAUGACUGAGGGGAAGUCAAGCAGUAAAAAAUGUUUUUAAACUGGUAUAGGGUUACGCAGAAAUCUAAAGAAUCAGCGUUCAGCUAUAAAACAUGUUUUAUAAAUUUCAAAGCUUUGUUUACACCAAUUUCAAGCAUACCAAAUUCUGCAUGAAAAUAUAGACUUUUUGUACUUACGGAAGAAUAUGUCAUAAUUUCUCAGAAGCAAUAUGUAUGUCGCAACCUAGAGAAAUUAUGAAAAAAUAAUGCAUCAUUGCUGAACAUGGUACAUGCCUUGGUACAAUAACAAAAAAAGAGGAGAGAUUUAACUUUAUUUUGAUGAACAAUUAAAAUCAACAAAUCGCAAAACGUAUGACCAAAAAUGAAACAAUAAUAGUAACGGUGUAAAUGGCAACCAAUUAUGAAUAGAUUUUGACGCUAGAUAUUAUUACGUCUGUGGAUUAGUGAUAGAUGUCAAUAUGCUGUUGCUGCCGCAUUGUGCGAUAUGCAAAAAUUGCAAACGACUUUGAUAAGUAGAUGUUUUGUACAUGUAUUAUUAUAUAGACAAUAAUUACGCCCUGUUCUUUGUCUCACAGGGUAUAUCCUUCCUUUCUACUACCCUCUUAUAGGUAUUUAGAGAUUAACAAAUAUCGUGAGAUAUUAUAUAAUCUAAGAAAAAAAGAGAGAAAAGAAGUGAAAGGUUUAUUAAAAUUUUAUUACUUUAAUAAGUUUUCAAAUAGAGAUAUUCAAAGUUAUCGAUAUCUCAGAUAUGUUGUUAAGAAUUUCAUACGAAGAGAAUAAUUUAUGAAUAAGAGAUACAUUACACAUGCAUGUGUAAGUAUAGA